AUGAAGAUUUAAUCAAUUCUUAGUAUUUUUGCAUAUUUAAUUUGCUUUAUUCAAUAGAGCUAUUAGGUGGGAUAAGUUACUCCUACUCGUGAAAUAAGAGUAGCUGCAUUAGAUUAAACAAGUAAAUCGCUUUUCACAAUUUAUUUUUCUCUUGAUACCUAUUGCCCUGCUAAUUAUUACUUAAGAGUAGUAUUCCCUUAAUAUAACACAGUAACUCCUAUAUCUUGUUGGAUUAAGAUAUCAACAAGUUCAACAUGGGUAAGCACUACAUGCACCAGUUCGGGUGUAGCAAGUGAAAAUAAUGUAACAUAUCUCUAAUUCCCAUCACAAGUUGUUGCAGGUGGAGAGAAUAUUGUUUAGAUCUAGCUCAAUGAGAGCUCGCAACUAACUUAUGCAAGCUCUAGCUUUAUCAUAUCAACAGUUAAUUCAAAUAUACUUACCAAUUAGUUUAGUUUAGAUGUUAAUAAUAAUUUCGGUUAGAUUCCUUGGGUCAGCUACACACCUUAACCUUUAAGUAUUUCUGUAAGCACAGUAUCACCCUCAACAGGAUUCAAUUUACCCUCUUAAUUUAUCACCCUUCAAAUCUAAAUAAGCAACGAAUAAGCUCCUGUAGGAAGUGCAUUAUCUCCAGCUGCUAGAGUUAAAGUCGUUUUAGAUACACCAUGGACCUUCACUCAAACAUCUACUGUUACUUCUGUAGCAGCUAUGGGAUAAACAAGACCAGUCAUUUCUUCAUAUGAAAUGGAAAGUCCAAACUAAAUGAGUGUUGUGUUUUAAGAAUAUUUUAGUGGCAGCUCAAGAUCAUUUUCAAUCCAAAUAUCAAAUAUUCAAAAUCCCUAUCAAGCAAGCAUUAAUGGAAAUGUUUACGUUUAUGUAAUGGACUUUAACUCCAAUUAUGUACUUUAAAGCAAUUCAAUAGCAAGUCUUAGUAAUACUAAUUUCCCUCUAACUGUUAACUUUUAAUCACCUGGUGGAGUUCCAUUCUAAUAAGUAUUUUACUUUCCAUCUAGUUCUGGAUUUAAUGGAGGGGUCUUUAAUAAUGUUGAAUAACAUGUUGAAUUUGCAGUAUCUUCUUAGACAGCUAUACCUGCUGGCUAUAGUCUUGUUAUAAACUUUUUGGAUCCAAACAUACUGAUUAUUAAAGGAAGUGCUUUUAUGGAUAAAAGUAUACUUCCAAAUGACCCCACAAAGCCUAUUUUGUAUAGUUAUCCCUAAAACUAAAUUCUUAUAAUUCAAAAUUUAGGAUCAAUUCCUCAAACAACAACAUUCUUUGUAACAUGCCGUAUUUACCCUACCACUACAAAUUCUUAAAUAUAGGUUUAGCUCUAUAUUGACCAAAACCCUAACAUAACUCCUAAUUAAGCUCUCUUUUAAAGCUAAACGAUGACUUAGAAUUUACUUCCUGCUACUCCAUUUUUAGAGUUACCUACUGAUACAAAAAUUAUUCCUACAAAUUCUAACUAGCUAUAGCUUUAAUUUAAUGGUAAUGUUCCAAGCUUAAGUACUAGCAAUUAGUCAUAAAUCAUUAUUAGUUUCAAGAACAUGAUUUCAAAGGCUGCAACAGGAUCAGUUACAUGCUCUAAUGGCUUAACUUGCACUUUUUCCAGCAUAAGUUAGUAAGUUAACUAGAUAAUUAUUACUUCUCCUGCUAAUUAAAAUGUUUUCCCUUUAAAUGCUCUCACUAAAUUUACAAUAAGUGGCUUAAAUAUUUAAGGAACCUCAAAUGCAUAAGAUUAAAUAUUUUAAAUAUAUGCUUGUUUAUAAGCAACAGCAAGCGCUUCAUCUCCAUGUAUGUAUCAUGUUCUUUCAGUUAUGAUAACUUAUCCUAUUCCUAACACUAAUUUAAUCAUAUUAUCUAUUGCUAGCAAUUCUUAUUUCUCAAAUAUAAAUUAUUAUUUCCCUUCAAUAAUAUCUGCCUAAUUCACUGAUCCUACCAUUUUUAACACUAUAACUCCAAGCUAAAAUUAGGUAAGAUUUGCCACCGUUUUUGCAAGACUAGGAUUAAAGAGAUUGACUACUUUACAGAAAUCUUAAUAGCCUUGUGCGUGUGGUGCAAAUGUACCAGUUACCUGUAUAUUCAUGGAAGGUAAUACCUAAGCUAAUGCUGAAAAAUUCAAUUUCUAAGACUGGGAUAGAGUUAUUUUUUACUUGGAUGACUCUGUUGUUGGAAAUACAUUCAGAUUAUCCAUACCUGAUAUAUAUAUCAAUAAUAUUGAUGUGUAUGAAUAUGUAUGGGCUAUAGGAAUUUAUGAUAAAGGGUUGAGAACUUAUUCUUAUUUAUAAGCCUCUAACAAUAAUUUUGUGAGAUCUAUUCCAACUUCUUCAGGUUCCACUACAGUUCAAGAAUAUAUUAGAACUCUUGUAACAAGUACUAGUCUAUAACCUUCUCUCUAGUUAACUUUAACAGGUAGUGCAGGUUAACAAGUAUCAGGAAUACCUCUUUAACUUCAAACAUCUUCAAGCUUCAUAGGUCAACAAAUAGCUAAUUUAAAUGGAUUUGGUGGAGCAGUUGUAAUCAAUACAGAAUGGUAUUUUUGGGUUUAAUUCUCUUCGUAGUACACUUCAAUAAAUUUAUGGCCUUUUGGUUAAGGAUCUGAUGGUCCAAUUUCUUUAAAUUAUACAGACCCAAACAAUAUAUAGCACUUUGUUACUCUUCUACCUCUGACAAAUACUCAAACAAAUAAUUUGAACCUGGUCACUCAGUAUUAUUUAGAUAAAGUACUAAUGCCUUUUGGGUAUGAUUUACCAAAUUACACAAUUUAUGUAUCUAACAGCUAAGGUGUAGUUGAUGGUUAUAAUACUUUUUACAACUCUGGGUCAAAUGUGUUUUAUGGAACAUCACUAACUUUUUUGAAUUUCUCAUGUCUUAAUUUAGCAUAAGGUGUAGCUAAUACUUACUGCACUAUCACGUUUCAGCCUGCUAAUUUGAUUCAACCUUUUGCUACUAUUUUUGCUAAAUUUACAGGCUUAACAGUAGCUACAAAUUCAUGCACUGCAUCUUAAUCCUAUGGAAUCACUUGGAUUCCAAUUUCAAAUGUUUCAUGCUAAAGUAGUUUGGAUUCUUCAUAAUUACUUUUCUAGUUCCUAGAUAAUUAAGUGUUUUCAAAUUCCCUCUAAUAUUAAAUUUCUUUCUAUGGUGUUUCAAUUUAGACAGGAAUUACUCAAUACUUAAAUUUUGAAAUACAUGAUUCAUCACAGAAAUUUGUUAUUGAAAGCAAAACUUUCUUAAUAACAACUACAAAUUAUAAUCCAGAAACAAUAAUUGUUUCCUAAUUGCAAUAUGCUAAUUUAAAUCCUUAUGUUUACACAAGUCUUCUUAUCAAAUUCUAGAUACCCAGACAAUUAUACCCUAACGAAGAUGUCUUCAUUAACCUUGGAAAAGAUUUAAAUGAUGUCAAUAUUUACUCUAAUAGAUUUCAUGCUAUCCUGACCCAGCUUCCAAGCAAUACUAAUAUUUAAAUUGCAACUACUUAUGUUAACUCAAGACUGCAGUUACUUUUUAUCAAUCCUUCGCAAUUUGUAGCAGGAGUUUACUAGCUUAAUUUUACUAGCUUAAGAUCUCCAGCAUCUAACUUAAAUGACAUGUUUUAAAUUCUUUUUAUAAGAAGAAUCGAUUAGCAAGUCGUAGUUCAAAACCUAGCAAACUAAACAGUACCUUUCCCUGUCCUUAAUAUUAAUUAAAAUUCUGUUAUCAGCUUGGCAGCAGCUAAUUAUGUUUUAGAGGGUGGUUUAGAAUAACUUGACUUUUCGAUUAAAACCAGCACUGUAAACUUAGACUCUUAAUCAGUUAUUGAAUUCCACUAUCCUGUCUAUUAUUCUCCUGGAGCUGCAGAUUUUAACUUUAAUCUUUUCUGCAGGAUCAAUUAAACUCCAGUUGCUUGCAGCAGAGUUGUUGGUUAUCCAUAUAAAAUAAGAGUAACAAAUUCACCUAUUAAUGUUUAAGCAGGAACCCCUUUUAAAUUAUCAGUUUUUGGAUUGAAAGCUCCUAGCUAUACUAUGAGAUACGAUUCAAGAUACUAAGAUGAAACACUAUUUAUAUGUGUGGAUGGAAAAGGAACAGGAAACUAUGAUGAAUAUAUGGUAUUAAAUGCUCCUGAUAUUCAACCAAUCAACAACAGUGGCACUCCAUAAAAUUACAUCAGAAUUGUAUACGUGUUAGUUGAUAUACAAUUUAUCAGAUCUUUAGCCUACCAUACAGUGAGGUUAAUCACCCAACAAGCUAUUCCUUUGGGAUCAAUUAUUCAAGUCUUAUUCCCUAAAGAGUAUACUGGAGUACCCACUAUUUCAUAGAUAUACACUAUCUUCAAGCAAGUAGCUAAUAACAAUCUUGUUGAAAUCUACAGAGGAAACUCACCUGUUAUAGGAAGAACAAUUGAAGUAUCUGUUAAUUAACAAAUUAAUGCUCUAACUAUUAUCUAAAUAGAAUUUUAAAAUGUACCAACUCCCCCAUAACAAGCAACAGUAGAUUAUAAUUAAAUGUAAAUUUAAGUUUUUGGUGUAGAUAGAAAGAACUUGAUCGUAAGAAGCUACUAUCUUUUAAAUACUAGCUUGAAAAUAGCUUUUAAUAUUCAAUCUAACUACCUUUAAUUCAAUAACACCUAGCAGAUUGUGGUCACAAAAGGUACAUAUUCUUAAAUUAUUCCCAUAACAACUUCAGAUGGAUCUGCCUUCCAAUCAAAUGUAUACUUCUAAUGCACAGCUGUAGGAUUUGGAUUCUUACCUAGCAGUAUUUAUGCUCUUUUGGGAACAACAUAAGGCACUCUUCAAGUAGGGGCAGAUAAAAAUCUUUUUAAUUAAGCUUACUCCUUUUAGGUGCAAAAAUCUGAAAAGAUUUAUCAACCAUUAUACAGUUCAGAUUCUAGUAUAGUAGUGAUUGUGAAUUCAAAUUAAGUUCAAAUUAAAGUUCCUUCCACAAUAAUUGUUCCUUUAGGAGGAUGCAGCACUCCUUAAUUGCUAACAAUACCAAAUGCUCCUUUUGAUGAAUUGACUAUAUCUCUUGAUUAUCCAUAUGAUUAAUAUCCUGAAGAAAUAUUCAAAACCGAUCUUGAAAUAACUUCAAAUAUACUAAGAUACAGUCCAAGUAUCACAAGCAGAUACAUUAGUUUCUGCAUAACAUAAAACUUUCCUUCAAAUUAAUCAUCUAUGUAAUUUAAUUUUGUUCUUGGAGGAAUCAACGCACCAUCCUAUGCUUUAUCUUAAAGUACUGUCACUGUAAAUGUAAUUUAAAAGCAAUCUUAACUGUUACCAACUCUCUCGAUAAGCAUCUCAUAAGUAACUCUCAACUCUAUUUCAAUUAAUUUAGCAACUAAUAGUGAUGGUUCUGUGUAUUGGAAUCUGUUUGUUUCAUCUCCCUAUACAACAAAUUUAUCCUUAACAGAUAUUAAAUAAAAUUUGAGGUAGUAAAUCUAAAAUGUUCAACAGUAAAGUGAUAAUUUAUCUCAACUAUAUAAUUACAUGAGGUAUAUGAAGGUAGGUGUUUAAUAGGUUCAAACUAUAAUAAAAAAUAAUUAAGUUACAGUGAAUAAUUUAAUAGCUGGUCUCACUUAUACUUUUUGUUCUUAUUUUGAGACAGAAUUUAAAAUAAACAGUGGAAAGCCUAAUUGUUUAACAUUCAGCACACCUACCAAUGGAAAUUUAAUUAAAGCUCAGGUUUCUCUAAAUAGAGUUAUUACUUUGGCAGAACUUAAUAAUUUGAUAUGCUUUUUUGUUUAAUAUGGUUCUGUUAGAUUGUUUAACUUAGUAGAUUAGAUGGCUAAUUCGUGUUCUUUCCAAACAAAUCCCUAAUAGCUCUACUUAACUUACUCAGGAUAAUAAACAUAUAAUUAGUAAGUAGUAAACUUGUAUGUUUUCCCUACUCAAGACUCGGAUGCAGAUGCAGGAAUAUCAGGCUUCAAAAAAAUGUUCUCAUCAGAUAGUGGUCAAAUUACAGCUUAAGUUAUAACUGAUGCAUAGACAAAUUAUUAGCUUAAUUUUAUAUAAUCAGCUUAGCUUACAACUAAUUUUAGCUAUAGUGAUGCUUUAACUCCCACAUCGAAUUUGCCAAUACCAACACUAAAAUCAAUGCAAACAACACCUUUAAUUGGUACUGAUUCAGCUACCCUUUAAAUAAAUUAAGUUUCUUUGACAUCUGAUGGUAUGAUCUAUUUCAUAGUAGAAUCAUAAAAGCUUAUUGUGUAGAAUACAGACACUAAUGUAAACAUUUAAAUUCGUGAAUCCAUAAUACCUACUGGAUAGCAAAUACUAAAUUGUAAGAACUACUACGGCGAGACCGUUUAAUAUUGUGGAAGAAUUAUCUACACUUCUUCUUCAUCUAGUUUAGGUUUAUCAUUCGCAAAUGCAAGAAUUAACUCAAUAUACAAAGUAUAUUAUGUCAUUUCAAAUGACUAUCCUAUAACACCUACGAUAAAUUCAUAAGUUUACACUCAAUAUAUUAGUACCUACACUUAUAGCUCAAUAAUAUCUUCUCUAUUUGGUUUAGUAGCUUUAAUUAUUCUUUUGAUUUGA